AUGGUCACACCUAGCCUCGUUGCGCACUCUUGUUCUGGUCUGCUGUCGUUUACGAUUGAAAUGCAGAAUAAUCACAAUGAGACCCAUCCCGAGCAGCAGAUCCAGGAACUUGGGAAGAAGAUUGCUUCUGCAGAAAUCGCUGAGCAGUCUUUCGCGCUAAAGGCUCCCAAGGGUACGCGGGACAGAAACCCUGUGCAAAUGCGUAUUCUGGAGCAAGUGUUCGGAGUCAUUCAGGAUUGUUUCAAGCGUCACGAUGCAGUAUCCAUUGAAACGCCUGUUUUCGAACUGAAAGAGGUGUUGACUGGGAAGUACGGAGAGGAGUCAAAGCUUAUUUACAACCUUGAGGACCAAGGCGGCGAAUUGUUGUCGCUUCGUUAUGACUUAACCGUUCCCUUCGCUCGAUACGUUGCAAUGAAUAAAAUUAUGAGUAUUAAGAGAUACCAAAUUGGUAAGGUUUAUCGACGUGAUCAACCUGCUGUGAAUCGUGGGCGUUUCCGUGAAUUCUAUCAAUGCGACUUUGAUAUCGCGGGAAACUAUGGACUAAUGAUGGCUGAUGCUGAAUGCUUGCGCAUUGUCUACGAGGUGUUGCGUGAUUUGAAUUUGGGCGACUUCGUUAUAAAAGUCAAUCACAGGCGCUUCCUAGAUGGUAUUUUCUCUGUCAUUGGUGUUCCUCCGGAAAAAUUCAACACCACUUGCUCUUCUGUCGACAAACUUGACAAGGCAACAUGGGAGAAUGUGGAACAGGAGUUACUGCAGAAGGGUCUUUCACCUGAGACGGUGGAUCUUAUCGGUCACUACACACGAGUUACAGGUGAAGCUGAGGUUUUGGACAAGCUGGAGGCCGAUCCUCGUCUUGCCAACUCGACCGUCAUUCAAGAGACCCUGAGAGAAAUGCGCACGUUGCUGGAUUACUGCCAAGCAAUGGGCAUCAUGUCCACACUCAAAUUAGAUCUUUCUCUCGCUCGUGGUCUUGAUUAUUACACUGGUGUUAUCUACGAGGCUGUUCUCACGGGCUUCACUUAUGAUGAUAAGUGGCAGUCUGAGGCGGCAGCGACACUCAUACCAGAGCGUCCCCCAAAUUCCAAAAAAAAGUCCAAGAAGAAAAGUAAACAGAUGGCAACAGAAGCAGAGGACGAUUCUGAUGCCACGGAAGGCGCGGUGGGUAGUGUGGCUGGAGGCGGCCGUUACGACAAUCUGGUCGCCUUAUUCACCCCUAACUCACCGAAGGUGCCCUGUGUGGGUGUGAGCUUUGGUGUUGAGCGUCUCUUGGCUAUCUCGGAGAUGUUGGCUCGUCGACGUGCUGCCACCGGUGAUACCAACGCCUCCACUACCAUGCGUGCCACCGAGACUGAGGUAAUGGUCAUCGUCGCCCACAAGGGGCUCAUAGCACCUCGUCUCCAACUGGCUCAGGAGUUGUGGGACGCCAAGAUUAAGACAGCCUUUUCACACAAGGAUCAGCCGAGGCUGCUGGACCAGUUGCAGUACUGCGAAAGCACGGGUAUCCCACUGGCGGUGCUGAUUGGGGAGGCGGAACUCCAGCGCGGGGUAGUAAAACUGCGGUGCAUCAGUACGCGAAAGGAGCGUGAGGUGGCACGCGCUGACCUGCCUGCUGCCAUUCGCAGUGAGUUGGAAGCUCUGCGCGGAGAAGCACGACAGUGA